ACAUCAGACCACGUUCCCUUAGAUAUCGCGAUAAUUAGGUAUGCAUAAUCUAUUUAGAAAUGCAAAAUAUUUUAAGGCACACAAAAUAUAUUGUUGUAAACUCGUGAUGAUACAUGCAAUGUAAAAGUACCAGCUUUGGGUAUAAUUUACACUAUUUGCUCUCAAACUUAAAUCUGGCAAUAUGUUUGACACGAACUAUGGGUCCUGAAUGAAGACACAGUGUUUUUUUCUUUCCCAAGGUUUCUGACAUUUGGUUUGAAACUCAAUGAAAGAAUGCCUCCAAAAAAUAAGCAGAAGAAAGUGAUACAUCAAGAUGAACUGCGACGGUUAAUGAGAGAGAAACAAAGGCAAACGAUAGAUAAGAAGCGUGUCGAAUCCCCAUAUGCCAAGUACAACAGUCUCGAUCACCUUAGCUGCGUACUCUGCAACGAGCGAGUAAAGAAUGAACUAUUGUGGCAGACUCACAUUCUUGGAAAACAGCACAAGGAGAAACUUUCUGAGCUCAAGGGGUCUAAACAAAGUUCUACAAGUCAAGGACCCCAGCCUCUGCUUAAAAGGAAAGCUUCUGAAGACACGAAUGGGAAGAAGUUUAAACCAGUGGCAGUUACAGAGCAGUUGUCUACGCCAGGGCUACCUGAUGAUUUCUUUGCUAAACCUGCCCCGCCGGGGCCGAAGAAACUACCAGGAAUAUUGAAAAAAACGGCAUCUGCUGGGCUGAGUCUUUUGGCCGGAGUCGAUGAUGAAGACAGUGAUGAAGAGGCUGGUGACCAGGGGGCAGAUUUUAGCUUGGGUGUGCAGAAGGGGGCACCUGCCUCAGGACUCCCAUCUGAUUUCUUCGACAACAGCACCAUUCCAGCUGUCCCAGCUGCUUCUCAUUCAGGGUCUAUCCUCAAACCAGAUGAAACUGAGAAGAGUGUGGAGAAGAAGGGAAAUACACCUGAAGCGCUACCAGAAGGCUUCUUUGACGACCCAGUGAGAGAUGCCAAAGUCCGUAAUGUCGAUGCUCCCAAAGAUCAAAUGGAUAAGGAGUGGGAAGAGUUCCAAAAGGAAAUGCGGCAGGUGAACACUAAAUCAGAGGCCAUUGUAGCCGAGGAUGACGAGGAGGGUCGUCUUGAGCGUCAGAUUGAUGAAAUCGAUGAGCAAAUGGAAUGUUACAGGAGGGUUGAGGUAUUGAGAGAUAAGCAAGAUGUGGCGAAGAAGGUUGUGAAGGAGAAAACAGAAGACCAGGAAGACUCCAGCAGAAGUGAUGAGGAUGAAGAAGAGCUGCUCCACUUGUUGUCAAGGGAUUGGAGGGCCAAAGGGGCCCUUGCUUAAAAUUCCCAGGGCAUUUUGACCCUAACUUGAUCAAAAGGUUUCUCCAGAUUAUAAAUAAAAGAGCGAAGUUGCAUAGGAAGCCACUUAUUUCCUCCCUCCAUGUCAAUGACAAACAUUUGUUGAGGAUAUUGAAUGUCUAUAUAACAUGCUUUUGUGGUAAACACUGUUUUUCUACUGUCAGACUGUCACACACUUGCGGAAAUACUGUACUAUCAGCAUUCAUUAAAAAAAUGAACAGGAGCCAAAUCCUAAAUUCUCAUUCCUGCAGCCCUUACACACAGCUCAGACCCAUAAUAAAAUGCACUAAUUUUGUUUCCUCUGUGGUUGCACAACAAAUAUACAAUCACAGAAAAUAUUCAAUUUACACCCCAUGUGUUCCUCAUUAUUGGAACCUGGUGCAUACUGGUACAUGAUACACUGCAUUCAAAAACUACAGAGUCCUUUAUGGAAACCUUGACUUGAAUACAGUCUAAUGUUUGAAAAAGUAUGGAAACUACAGAUUGUAAAAUCCUGUUAAUCCACUUGUUCAUUUAUUCAUUCGUGCUCGCACAAAACAAUACAAUACAAUUCCCAAAGCACACAUCUUUGUAGGGACAAUAUUCCUGUCGGAAAUCUAAAUGACAUUUCAAAAUCUGUUUUGCCUAAUUGAGUUACAGAAUUCCACACCAUUACCCUGCAAACCAAAACUACGUUCAAACAGUCCUUUAUGUUAAACUGAUAAAUUACACAUUUAUUCAUGUUACAUUGAAAAACAUGCAAAGCACAACUUCAUAAAACUAUUCCGUUACAAUGCUGAGGAUUAUCUACAGUCCUCUAGCUAUACAAAGCAGCCCAAGCCCCACCCCACCCCACCCCAAACAA